UCCUAUAUAGCAUUUUUCUUACUAUUUCCAACUAUUUCCCUAAGGUGGUACUUUGGCAAACUUGGCCGAAAAGAUGCUGAGAGGCAGCUGUUGUCAUUUGGAAACCCAAGAGGUACCUUCCUGAUCCGGGAAAGUGAAACUACCAAAGGUGCCUAUUCCCUGUCUAUUCGUGACUGGGACGAUAUGAAAGGAGAUCAUGUCAAACAUUAUAAGAUUCGUAAACUUGACAAUGGUGGAUAUUAUAUCACAACUCGGGCACAAUUUGAAACUCUUCAACAGCUGGUUCAGCAUUAUUCAGAGAAAGCUGAUGGUUUGUGUUUUAACUUAACUGUGAUUGCUACGAAUAAUACCCCACAAACUGUUGGAUUGGCUAAAGAUGCAUGGGAAGUUGCACGUGAUUCAUUAUUUCUGGAACAGAAGCUUGGUCAGGGCUGUUUCGCUGAAGUGUGGCGUGGUACAUGGAAUGGAAAUACUAAAGUGGCUAUCAAGACUCUGAAGCCUGGCACUAUGUCUCCAGAAUCAUUCUUGGAGGAAGCCCAAAUCAUGAAGAAGCUAAAACAUGACAAACUGGUCCAGCUUUAUGCUGUGGUGUCUGAAGAACCCAUCUAUAUUGUCACAGAGUACAUGAGCAAAGGGAGCUUACUAGAUUUCUUAAAAGAUGGAGAAGGAAGAGCUCUGAAGCUACCAAACUUAGUGGACAUGGCAGCUCAGGUAGCUGCAGGAAUGGCAUAUAUUGAACGAAUGAAUUACAUACACAGAGAUCUGCGAUCUGCAAACAUUCUGGUGGGGAAUGGAUUAAUAUGCAAGAUUGCUGACUUUGGAUUAGCAAGGCUGAUCGAAGACAAUGAAUAUACAGCAAGACAAGGUGCAAAGUUUCCCAUUAAAUGGACUGCACCAGAAGCGGCAUUGUAUGGAAGGUUCACAAUCAAGUCGGAUGUGUGGUCUUUUGGGAUCCUACUGACAGAGCUGGUAACAAAAGGGAGAGUGCCAUACCCAGGCAUGAAUAACCGUGAAGUCUUGGAGCAAGUAGAACGCGGUUAUCGGAUGCCGUGUCCUCAGGACUGUCCCAUUUCCUUGCACGAGCUUAUGAUCCACUGCUGGAAAAAAGACCCAGAGGAGCGUCCAACUUUUGAAUAUUUGCAGGGUUUUCUCGAAGACUACUUUACUGCAACAGAACCCCAGUACCAGCCCGGUGACAACCUGUAACUCCCUGAUCUCCACACACUGUCACAAAUUGCCAGGUGUCCCUCAGCCCUGCCUCACCUGCCCUUCAGCGUCCAGCUCUAUGAUUGGCUUCCAGGAGUGCAGCAGCAUCUCCCAGCACCGCUGGACACAGAGGGGCUGGAGCUGGGAACUCGAGCAGCCCUCGCCUAUGACCACUUGUCCUAAUAAUCUGAAUGUCCUGGAUGAAAAGGAGAAAAACACUUGUUUUUUCUUAAUCAGAGACUCCUAAACUGCAUUAUAUUGAUGUUAUGUAAACUGCAAAACCUCUGUUCAUUGUAAAUAGUAACUCAGUGCCAAUAACUGAUCCUAGUGCUUUCCUUUUUUUAAAACACAAAACUUAUGUGAUUUUAACUAGUCUUCUCCUGAUCCGACUAAAAGUAUUAUUUUCCAGAAGUGGCCUCUUUGUCUAAAACAUUUUUUUUUUUCAUGUUUUAA